GGCCCCGCCUGAGCCUCAGAGAGCGAUCCUGGACCCAAGCUCCCACCAAAAAGCCUCUCUCCUCCACUCGGGCCAGGAGGUAGCUUUCUGGGGACUCAGGAUGCCAAGGUGGGGGCUGUGGGCCACGGCCGCCCUGACCCUCCUCUCUGUCCAGGCCUUCCCACAGACAGACAUCAGCCUCAGCCCAGCCCUGCCUGAGCUGCCCCAGCCCGCCCUGUGCCCCCUGUUCUGGAUGGAGUUCAAAGGCCACUGCUAUAGAUUCUUCCCUCUCAAUAAGACCUGGGCCGAGGCUGACCUCUACUGUUCGGAGUUCUCCGUGGGCAGGAAGUCCGCCAAGCUAGCCUCCAUCCACAGCUGGGAAGAAAAUGUCUUUGUGUAUGAUCUCGUGAACAGCUGCGUUCCUGGCAUCCCGGCUGACAUCUGGACGGGCCUUCAUGAUCACAGACAGGAAGGGCAGUUUGAAUGGACCGAUGGCUCAUCCUAUGACUACAGCUACUGGGACGGGAGCCAGCCAGAUGACGGCAUCCACGCGGACCCAGAACAGGAAGACUGCGUGCAGAUGUGGUACCGGCCUACCAGCGCUCUGAGGUCAUGGAAUGAUAACGCCUGCAGCCGGAAGUUCCCCUUUGUCUGCAAGAUCCCGUCCCCGACCAUUCACUGAUCCAGCCAGUCUUGCCCUCCUGGAGUGAGCUCAACUCCAGCAUCAUCUUGCAGCUGUGCCUGGUGUAGACGUGCCACUGAGUAAAUGUAAAACACACAUGGGAGGUAAAUCUCUCAGACAGAGGUUUUAAACAGGUAAAUCUUAAUAGCGCAGGUAGUUACUCACUCGGCCAAGAGACAGGAAACGCAACUCAAACUGGCUUAAUACAUGAAAAGUGGUGGUGGAUUUAUUGGCCCAAGUCACAAAAAUGCAGAGGUUGUUCUGGAUUCAGAGUUGAAUCUCACUGGCCUGACUUGGGUCACGUGCCCGUCCCUGAAGCAAUCGCUUUGGCAAUUGCUGAUCGACUGGGCCCUGCUUGGAUGCACAUCACUGGGGCAGA